UUGUGCCCUGUCUUUUUUCUGGACUAUUGGGUUUAGUUUUAUAGAUGAGUGAGGUGCUAUCUUCUGUUUGUUUGUUCUGAUAUUAGUGGCUUAGAUAGUGAAUUCCGCUGUUGUGGAUAACGGUUAGGAGAUAGUGUUUGACUUGUGCACGAUUUUGGCCAAGUUGUGAUUUUAGCUUUGAUUGCUUAUUUUCGGACUUUAUGCUCGGUUUUGAUUAUAAUCUUGUUUUCGAGUAUUAUGGGGUACACCUCAAAUGUUAUUAUUAUGUUGUUUAUGUUAUAUAUAUAUAUAUGCCGGCUGAAUGUCAUGCGUGUGUUUCUCUUCAAGAUUCCAAGCACAUAAUCCAUGAAAAGGGUUGAAAACUACGACAGUGUAAGCCAUGGUGAACAUUACAAGAAGAAUCCACGCCAAGUUAACUUCUAGCUAGCUGGAUUCGUAAGUGAAGCUAAACAAUGUCCUAAUAAUAACACCUCUUAGUAUUCUCAAAGGGAACAUGAACACUUAGAAUAUUCCCAUUGUUAUCAUCUUCAACUACCUACAUUGUGACUCAAAUAUCCAAUCGCAAUAAUAUCUGCUUGCCUUGCACUGCUUUCAAUCUCAGUACUAUUGCAACAUGGGAUUUUCUCCUUUUGGUCUUCAACAACUUGUUACUUCUUUUGCAGUUGUUGCCACAUUAUUGAGCAUUGUUGGCACAUCACAAGAGGGUCCUAUCAAUUCUUUAAGCCGUAGAUUUAUCCAUUCCCACAUCAAUGAACAAGAAAACGAUAACAAUAACUCUCCUAUUAUUGCUCGAGUACUGCAAGAUAAUCAAGGCAACGAUUCUCCAUCACCAGGUCACAACAAUACUCCAGCUUUGUUAUUAAUCCUGAAUGUGGUUCUUGUUCUUGCAAUCAUACUGCUCUUGAUGCUAUACUACAACACAGCAAGAAAACUGAACAAGAUGAUGAAGUUGCAGCAGCAGGAUCCCAAUAACAAAAAAUGCAAUGUUGUGAAGAAAGAGGUCGAAAAAGACGAUAUUGAAGAGAGCAGCGCUUGGGAGAAGAAGAUAGAGAUAGGAGAAAGUACAAAGAUGAGGGUGGAGGAGAGAAAAGAACUCAUGUUCUUCAACGGCAACAAGACAGGGUUUCAGAUGGGACAACUUCUAAGGGCGUCAGCAGAGACACUGGGACAGGGAAUGAUGGGGAACAGUUACAAGGCCAUGAUGCAUGAUGGACCGACCAUUGUUGUGAAGAGGCUGAGAGACCUGAAACCUUUCACUGAGAAGGAAUUCGAAGCACUGCUGCGUGUCAUUGCAGGGAUGCAGCACCCUAAUUUGUUGCCUUUGCUUGCUUACUACCAUUCAAGAGAUGAAAAGCUGCUUCUCUACAAAUAUGCACAGAAUGGGAACCUUUUCUCUAGGCUUCACGAUGGUAGAGAUGGAAAUCGGGUGCCAUUGAAAUGGAAUUCAAGGCUAUCAAUUGCAAAAUCCGUAGCUGGAGCAAUGGAGUACCUGCACAGUAACAGCAAGAACCCUAACAUUGUCCCACACGGCAACCUCAAGACCACAAACGUGCUCAUAGACGAAAACGACGUCGCCCUCGUCUCCGACUACGGCCUCUCCGCCCUAAUAGCCCAACCUAUCGCCGUUCAGCGCAUGGUCAUUUAUAAGUCACCGGAAUACGUCCAGUCAAAGCGAGUGACAGCGCAGUCCGAUGUUUGGAGCUACGGAUGCCUCCUCCUCGAGCUCUUAACCGGAAAAAUUUCUGCCUGCUCUUCUCCGCAUGGAUCGAACGGUGUUGAUCUGUGCGGUUGGGUUCAUAGAGCGGUGAGGGAGGAAUGGACGGCUGAGAUCUUUGAUAAAGAGAUCUAUAGGCAGAAGAAUGCUCAGAGUGGGAUGAUACGGAUGCUUGAGAUUGCGAUGCUUUGUACGGAGAGGUUCCCGGAGAAUCGGCCUGGGAUGAGCCAGGUUGUUAGGGAAGUUGAGAAGAUACAGGCGGUGCCUGCAGCGUCGGAGUCGGUGGAUGAGGAUGAUCUCUCUGCUGAGAGGUCUUUCACUGAUGAUUCUCUUUCUAUGUAUUCAACAAGUCACUCUGGAAUUAUUCUUGCAGAUAAUUAAGAAUGGCUAAGCAAUAAGCAUGCUUGAUUCGCAGCCGCUUUUAGACUUUAAUUAAUUGAUGUUAAAUUAAGAUGAUCCAAAAUAAAAAUGCCUAGUUAUUAGUUCUUUCUUCUAUCUUGGAAUCAAGAAGAAAUGAAAUUCGUUCAAUGAUAAUAUGAUAUACAUACAUGGCAUUUAAUUUACAGCAUGACGGCGUGGAAUAAUUUAGUUGGUUUCUAGUUUCCAUGUAUAUAAUUUUUUUUUCUCAUUUAAUAAUGUAACAGCGAGCAAUGUGUAUAUAUGAAUGAUGAUGAUUUAAGAAAGAAAUGAGUAAUGCUGUAAGGAGGAAUAACGACAAUAAUAAUAAGUAGCUAGCUACGAGCUAGCGAGCAUAAUGAUGCAAUUUUCUGAUUGAUAUAGC